CAAAGCAUGCGCUGAAUUCUUAUGGCUUGAAAAGUUGUUUACAUCGUUUCCUGGGAAAUAUUAUUAGAAAUUUUAUAACUAUUGGUUAAUUUUCUAAUGACAUCAAACAUUUUCACAAAUGUUUUAUAGUCGCUAGUCCACUGGAGCAAAAUGACCUUGCAGCAAUAAGCAUGAUAAGUGAAAGCUGACAUAUAUACAUGGAUCACAAUACCUCAGAAUCAUUGGGGGAAGUGACUAGAACUUGAUUUAAAGCUGAUACAGAGAAGUGGUUAUAUAAAGAAAUAAGAUGUCAAUGAUGUCAGAACAAGAAGUGAAUGUUAGAGUGGCAGUAAGGGUUAGACCUUUGCUGCCCAAAGAGAAAAUUGCUGGAGAAGAAAUGUGUGUACGAAUAAUACCGGCGACAAAUCAGCUUGUGUUGGGGAAAGACAGGGCUUUUACAUUUGAUCAUGUGCUGUCUUCUAAAACUACACAGGAUGAAGUGUAUAAAUCGUGUAUUGAUCCCUUGGUAAAUGGUAUAUUUGAGGGCUAUAAUGCUACAGUUUUUGCCUAUGGUCAAACAGGUUCAGGAAAAACUUAUACAGUUGGAGAUGGGAUAUCUUCCUUUACAGAUGAAGAAUAUGGAAUCAUACCCAGGGCAUUGAAAGCCAUAUUUGAUAAUAUGCAGUCCAAUACUACCACUGAGUUUUCUGUAAAAGUGUCAUACAUAGAGAUAUACAAAGAAGAGUUACAGGACUUGUUAGAUGUUGAUACUUCAAGUAAAGAACUACAUGUCAGAGAGGAUGAUCAAGGCAACACAGGUAAGGUGUCAUACAUAGAGAUAUACAAAGAGGAGUUACAGGACUUGUUAGAUGUCGAUACUUCAAGUAAAGAACUACAUGUCAGAGAGGAUGAUCAAGGCAACACAGUGAUAAUUGGAGCCAGAGAGGUGGAAUGUGAAUCUCUAGAUGAAAUCAUGUCACUGUUGGAGUCUGGGUCAUCUAUCCGUCACACAGGGUCAACACAGAUGAAUGAACAUUCCAGUCGAUCUCAUUCUAUAUUUACAGUAAUAGUAGGCCAGAGAUGGGUAGAAGCUGAUGUUAUGGCAGGGAAGAGAAAACCAUCAGAAUCUAACGAGAUAAUUGAUGAUGAUAUAACGCACAAUAUGUUUGGAAAGUUCCAUUUUGUUGAUCUAGCUGGAUCAGAGAGAGCUCACAGGACAGGCAAUGUAGGGGAUAGAUUUAAAGAAUCUGUUCAUAUAAACUCAGGACUUUUAGCUCUUGGGAAUGUGAUCAGUGCAUUAGGAGAUCCAAAAAAGAAAUCCACACACAUUCCAUACAGAGAAUCUAAAAUCACAAGGCUACUUAAGGAUUCCCUGGGAGGAAAUGCUCAGACAUUAAUGAUUUGUUGUAUUAGUCCGUCCACCUCAAACUUUGAUGAAUCUCUGAAUGCUUUGAAAUAUGCAAAUAGAGCCAAGAAUAUAAAGAAUAAACCAAUUAUAAACAGAGAUGUACAGUCCAUCAGGUUUGAAGAAAUGCAGUGUGAAAUUAUGGCAUUAAGAGAGGAGUUGGUGAAACAAAGGACUACCUUAUUAAGUAAUGGAGGACAAGGGUUUGGACUUGGUGAUCCUGUUCAUAUGGAGAAGUAUGUGCAUGAUGCUCAACAGUUAGAGAGAUUAGAGAAACAAGUUGUUAGAUUACAAACAGAAUGUUCCCAUUAUAAGAUGAUAGCAGAGGAAGCUUACAAACAGCUGAUAGAAAUACAGAAUAAAGAUAUAUUGUCUCAAAGUCAGGACAUCAGACUGAAAGAUUGGUUAGAUCUCAUGGAAGAGAUAAAAAAUAAAGUACCAGCAACUUUAUCUAGAGAGGAGAUGGAAAAUGAAACUAUUAGAAACUUAACAGCCCUGUUAACUAAGUGUAAAGAAGACUUGAAAAGUGAUGAAGAAAUAUUUGCAGAGAAAAGUAAAGAACAUAACAAUAUGACACACAGACUGCAAGAACUGGAGGCAAUGGUAGAGGAAAAAGACCGCCAAUUAAUACAGUAUGAAGAUACCAGACUAAAACAGGAACAACAACUUAUAGAACAACACAUGAAGAUAGAGGAGUUACAAAAGGCUAUUAAGGACGAACUUUCUGUGGAUAACCUGAUGGCAAACAGUAGUCUUAUAGAUGAUGAAGCUGUUACAGUUAGUGCCCCACCCAUUGUACCCCCCUCAGACAAGAGACCAAAGUCUGUCCCGGUACAGUUGACUAGAAGACCGGACACUGCUAAUGGGAACCUCAGACCAUUGUCAAGGAACAUAAAGACUAGUCCUGCUCUGUUUACUCUGGACCGAGUGAUGAAGAGUUUCCGGGCCCGAAGUCAGCUGCUGGUCAGUCAACUUGAGGACAGUGAUGAGGUCAUGCAUAACACAUAUGUCAUUGAGGAAGAAGGAGAAACAGCUGGUACCAGUCAGAAGUUUGAUGCAGAGGAACCAGUACAAGACUCACAAGAACAUGAAACAGGAAAGUUUGUUAGGAAAGGAACAUUUAAAGUAAAGAGAGGUAGAAAGGCAGAGGAAAAUAAAGAGAAUGUCAACAACACAGAUGUCCCAGUUAUAACUGUUAACAGAGAAGUUAUAACAGGAAGUAUGUCAUCCUCAGCAGGGGGAGAUAAUUUAGGUGUAAGUACUAUUGAAGCUGUAGAGGACAGUUUAAGGAAGAGUGCUAACACACAGAGGAUGUUGAAAGAAUCCAGACUAAAACUGACUGAUGCCCACACUAAAAUGAGAGAUUUGUCGAUCAACAUCAGGUUAAAAGAACAAUUGAUAAGAGAACUCGUGAAAACUGGGAAAGAUGCUGAUUUAAUGAAUAAAAAGUAUGCUGAUAAGAUAAAAUCUCUUGAAAAGGAAAGAAUGAAAGUAAAGAGAGAUUUACAGGAAACCCAGUCAGUGUUACAGGAGUUAGAGGCUAAACAGGAAACUACAGAGAAAGUCAAACUUACACAAGAAUACAAGAAGAGGAUGGAAACAGCCAAAGCUAGAAUGUCUGCUAUCUCCAAGAAACAGAAAGAGACAGAAAAUAUUGCUAACUUCUCUAUUUAUAAUGAGAAAAAAAUACAAGAUCUAGAGCUGGCUGUUGACAGAAUGAAGCAAACAAAGGAACAUGUGACAAAGAAGUUAAAAGAUGAAUCUGAAAGGAAACUCAAAUUAGAGAGAGAGAUGCAGAAGGAAACACAAAAAGUCAAGGAACUGGAGAUAAAGAAUGAACAACAACAGAAAAUAUUGAAACGAAAGAAUGAAGAAAUAGCAGCUGUUCAAAGAAAGUUAAGAAGUGGGGGAGGAUCAUCACUGCCACCUAUCAACAUUGAAGAUCAUGAUAAGAUAGAAGAUCAGAAGAAAUGGUUAGACAAUGAAGUGGAGAAAGUCUUACAGCAGAAAAGACAAAUGGAGGAACUACAAGAAGAACUCAAAAAGAGAGAGACAAUAGUUGCUAAGAAAGAGGCCAUGUUGGCUGAGAAAAGUGAAAUAGAAUUCAGGAGAAUGAGAUCUAGUCAGAUCAUAAAUAAGAAUAUUUUAUCAGUGUCUAUGAAGUUAGACACAUUAGAUAAACGUCUUGAAGAGAAGACAUCUGAAUUAUCCAAGACACCAACAGAACAGCAGCAGUUUGUAAAAGAGGAAAUGUCAAAAUUCCAAGAAGGGAGAGACAAGCUGGCGAGACAGAGAACUGUCCUUGAGAAUAAACUGAGGGAGGGAAGACUGUUGUCAGGACAGGAAGAAAGGAGGAUUAUAGAACUGGAUGAAGGUAUUGAUGCAUUAGAUGCAGCAAUAGAAUAUAAAACAGAUGCUAUAAAUAGCCGUCAAUUAGAACUUCGUCAUUCACAGAUUUUGUCUAAGAGUGAGGACCAUGUGAUGAAUAAAUUGAAUUCCUUGACCACUACAGAAACCAGAGCUCUGAUGAUGAAAUAUUUCAAUAAAGUCGUAGCAUGUAAGGAUGCAGAGAGGAGGCUUAAUCUUCACUGUAGUGAAAUGGAGGUGAAACAAGAUGAGCAAGAGAGGUUAAUCCGUGAAUUAGAGGCAGCAUUACAGAGGUCAGCAGUGGAGGUCGAUCGUAGGAUUACCAAACAGACACGGGAAUAUGAACAGAAAAUACAAAUGUUGAUGAGACAGUUGGCUGAUUCUGGGACAAAUGUUGGUAAUAGUGGAGGAUUUGGACCUGAAAUUGAUGAAAAAAUGCAAAGACUAGAGAAGGAAUUAUAUUACUACAAAAAGACCAGUAGAGAGUUAAAGAAAAGGUUAAGAGAACUAGAGGCAUCUGGGGCUCUUCCACAUCAAGAUGAUCUUGAUAUAAGAAGUUCUGUCCAGAGUUCAAUUAAUGAGACAGACCAUGCUGCUGGUGCCUCAAGUAAUCAUAUAGGAAGCAGGGAACCAAACAGAGAACCAAGACUACUUAGUGCUAGAAGUGAGAAACAGAAUUCCAGACCAAGUUCUGCCAAAUCAGGGGCCAAUGUCUCAACCACAGUAACUCCAGUAAAACUGUCUCGUAAAGAUUUACGACAAAUUCCUGAUACAGAACUUGCCCUAAGAAGGUCAAAUCUGAGUCAAGGUCGCCACAGUAUUGGAUCCCCUCCCCCACAAGAUUCACUUGAUGGAGGAUUAGGGAAUAGUAACCCCUGGGGAUGAUUUGUAUAUAGGACUAUUUUGUAUAGGGCAAGGAUACAAGAAUUCCUACCAAUGUGUUCACUUGUGAUGUGGUGCUUUUUGAUUGGCUGCCUGCUGUUACAUCACAAUGUCAAUGAUUGUCACUGGUUCCUACAAUUCAGCUGACUGAUGGAAAUGCUUGUUAAAUUGUACAUAGCUAGAUGCAAAAAUCUAUGUUAAGCUAGAGAACAACAAUUUUAGGACAAGGUUGAUAUCAAUCAAGAUAUAUAGACUUGAGAGAACAUUGGGUCAGCAACAAAGAUGUCACAAUGUGCAUUGAGUGUGUUUGUAAAUGCUAUGGUUUCUGUGAGCCAAAGUGACUUCUAUAUAAGAUUAUUUAACAUAUGAUCAAUAUUUUCUCACACAUUUUUAAGAUCAAUUUUGAGAUCUGUAGUACAUGUAUAAUGUAGCAAACAUGUGUUAAACAGAGAUGAAGUUUAGUUAUUUAAUUUGCACAGAAAAUUAUAAAAGGUGUACUUUCAUGAUUCGGCUGCCUCGUACUUAAUAUCAUUGCCAGCUUUCAUUGUAGUAAUCAUACUCAGACAAAUAUUUAUGUGUGAUGUGCAAUAUACAUGUAUUGUUACAGAGUUUUAAAAACUGAAACAAUGACAGAAUUUUAUUUAUUUACAUGAAUUUUUAUGAUAAGUCCCAUUGAAUGGUUUACUUAUGUUAGAAGUCAACAUAUAUAUGUACAGUGUUGCACUUGUUUAUGCUCUGUUUUUAAUGUAUUUAAAGAUCCAAAGAUUUAAGGUAAUCAAGAGUUAUCCCACCUUAGUUACUGUGUACCAAGUAUAUUAGUCUAACCACUGAUUUACAAAAUAAUUUUAUAUUGUAAAUGAUAUAUUUAAUCCCUUUUAAGUGUCAAAUAGAUAAAGUUUAUAAAACAAGUAGUGCUAAUGGGUUAAGACAUUGGUCCUAUAUGGUAUAUUAUUAUUUAAUCAAGACUAUCUUUGUUUUGUCUUCGAACUACAAUUUUUAUGUCAAAUCAAAAUCUCAAAACUUCUUAAGAAAUAUUAUAAAGAAGAACUCUGAAUUCGUUCUUACGGCAACAGCAGCCAUCUUGGACAACAAAUGCUGUCACAAAUUUUUAUUGUAGCAGACUUGAAUAUAAAGAAUCAAUUUAUUUGCAUGAAUUUUUGUUAAAAAGACUUUAUAUUAUUUUAUCUGAUGAUAAGAUCCUUUAAACUCAGAAACUUGAUUUAUUAACCAAGAAAAAACAUGAAAGGGUUGUGUAUGAGGGGAGUUAACUCAGAAAAUUUAAUGAAUUAUAGGUUGUACUGCAUCUUGAAUGAAUUUACCUUUUUUGAUACAAAAAUUAUGAUAAUUUUUUCCUUUUUUUUUUCCUUUUUAGAGUAAUUAAUAAAAAAUUUCUUACAUGUUUUAUUUUAUAAUCUAAUGUUCUUUCUGUUCACAUAACUAUUUUUCUCUUUCUUAUAUUUAAAAAACUUGCUGUUUGUGCCAUCAGGCAUAGCAAGAACUAAGUAAGUAAUAUUUACAAAAAGAGAGAAUUUUACAAAAACCAUAAGCACUGUGAAAUAUACUUCUUGUCAUUAUUUUUUUUUAAGAAGCAUGAGGUAAACUUUAUAAAAAAUCUUAUAUUUCUACUUUAUAUUUCCAUACCACCUUACAUGUGUUAAACCAGUAUUUUACAUAAAUACUUCAUAUACCACAGUGUACUUUAUCUGAAGCCUCUAAUCAAACCACAAAAUAUCACCAAGUAUACUUAAUGUUCAUAUCAUUUUAACCUUGUGACAUAUAAUUUAGCAUUAGAUUGCUGCAUACCACCUUUAUUGUUUGUCAGAUUUUAUUAGAUACUGAUACUGUAUUUUAUUUAUGUUUGUUAGUUGCUUUAUAUAUUGUACAAACUGGAUAGGAUGAAUGAAGUCUUUGUUGUUUAUUUUUAUAAAAACCUUUCUUCCAUGUGAUUUAACUUCCGUCCAAUGGAGUUUAAAAUUUUGAACCAGAUUUUGGUCAUAGUAUCAUUUUCAGAAUUAUUUGUUUAAGAAAUUUAUUUAAAUCCUUUAAUUUUAGAAUUAUAACAUGUGUAUUUAGGCAGUUCCUAUUUCAUUCUCUUAUGUUAGCCUUGCAAAUUACGUCCAUUAUUUGAAUCUCGACAUUCAUUCACAGGAAUAGUUAUAAUGCCAACCAAUGAAAUUCUCCUCUUAUUGUGGCAUACUUUUACAAGUUGUCUGUUAUCAAUUUGUUAGUUCAGUUUAUUAAUUUGCUCCUUAAUGUUCCAGUGUGGUUGGUAUAUUUCUUUAUUAACAAACAUUCCAUAUGUUAAAACCUCAUUCUUGUUUUCAUAACCAUUUAUGUUGAUACAAGGGACCAGUUUGUUUGUUUGUGAUAUAAUAUUUAGAUGUGAUAUUUAUUUUUUUCACAUGAUGUAGUAUCAGGGUUGUGUCAAUCAUUUUACUUAAUGAUGAAAAAUAAAAACUAAAAACUA